AUUGACACCUGUAAUAUUUGAUUCUUUUUUUCGAAUUGUAAAUUUGUAUUGCAUAAAUCUUCCCCUAAAAAGCCACAAUUUUGAGGAAAUGAAAGCCAUGAAAUUUCACAUUCAAUUUCAAGAAUUGAGGCAUCUCUCUCCCCUUUCCCCAAAUCGAGCGAAAUGGGCAUUUCAUUCAGCACCACCACCGCUCGCCGGAGAGCCCCCACCCACCCCUACCCCCCACCCCUCCACCCGGACUACUACCCCCCUUAUCCUGCGCACCAACCCUCGCCUUACCCCGUGCACCAACAACCAUCUUCGCCCCCCGUCUACUACCCCUACUACAAUUCCAACGCCUACGCCGUCUGCAACCACGCCGCCCCUCUCGUGGGCCAGCCCUAUUUCGGCCCCUUCGAGCUGCAGCCGCCGCCGCGGGUGGUGGCGCCGCCCUGCGGCGACCAGAAGCCCACCAAGGUUGUCAAUAGCGAUGUCAAUGUGCAUAAGGAUACCUUGAGGCUUGAAAACGAUGAGCUCAACCCGGAUCGCAGCUUGGUUUCCUUCGUCUUUGAUGCUUUGCUUGAUGGAAGCAUCACGAUAUAUUACUUCGCCAAAGAAGAGGCCGACCGCAGAGUUGUCCCCUUAUUUCCAGAAACAUAUGUUCCCAUCAAAAUUCCUUUCAGGAAAGGACUUCACCAGGAAUUUCGUCAGCCUUCAGGAACUGGCAUCGACUUACGGUAUUUUGCAUUGGAUGAUUUGUCGAAUCCGUCCUCCAGAGAUGAUGUGUUUCCGAUUGUUAUAUCGGCUGAUACUUGCAUAACUCCUUACAUAGUUGAUGAUAGAAGCUAUCUUUUGGCACAUACGUUGCCUCAGAUGCAGAUAACUCAAGUGGUUCUGCCCAAAAAUCACGAGGGACAAUUUACACCUAAGGUUGUCAGGCAGUUGCUCUGGACCGAUGAUACUUGCUAUGAGCUGCGAGAGAUAUACGGGUUAGGAAAAUCUGGCCCGGGUUUCAGCGACAGUGGAUCAGGAAAAGAGUGUGUUGUUUGCAUGACUGAACCGAAGGAUAUCGCAUUGCUUCCCUGCAGACAUAUGGUGAGGAAAGAUUCUAAAUUAUUUAUUCAAAGCUCAAUCAUCUCCUUAUCGAACCUUGCUGAUGAAUAUUUCUAUAUUUCCAGAAAUAACCCUGGGCGAGCUAAUAAUCAUUUGUUCGUUUCUUCUGAAAAUCCGUUUGUUUAUUAAGAAAAAGGACUUGUAUUCUGUGUUUGUUUGAUUUUAAUUGUAUUGGUGCUCCCUUUCCCUUAUUAAUACAUUUCCAAUUUUUUCUUUUUUUUACUAUACUCAUGAUAAUUGAUUUUUCUUUUUUCCGUAUUCCAGUGUAUGUGCAGCAGCUGUGCGAAGGCACUGAGACUUCAGUCGAACAAAUGCCCCAUUUGCCGAGAAAUCAUUGAGGCGCUCCUUGAAAUCAGGAUUGAUAAUAUGGAUCACUGAAAGGCCGCAAUUGCAAGAUAAUGCAUUCUAACGACCAAGCCAUUCUAUGUUAGUAUAUUUUAAGUUUUUGUGCAACUGUCAAUAUCCAUCCAUGGUUCAUUUUUCUUUUCUGCACUCUAAUCCAGGAUUAUUUAUACUAUACAUAUCUGAAAUCUCUCCAACAGGGUCGUUGCCGUCUUGUUUGUUAGAAAUAUCGACAUAUGUGUACACUAAAUAGUCAUUCAUAUAGUUUGCCUUACACAUUUUGUUAUAUUCUUGAAUAUUAUCCUUCUUUUGUUUUC